AUGCCGGGCGUUUUGUCCCCUCUCCACAGGCAUGGUAUUCUGCAAAUCGGCACGCAAACAGUCUCUACAGCAUUUGCAGACAGCGAGCUUCCUAAAGUGCCAAAGGGUGUACGGCAGGAGUUCGCCGACAUCUCUGCAAUGGGCACGAACUUCCCUGGAGGGGAUGUGAUGCACCAGAGCUUAUGGCGAAAGAAUGGCGCGGACUUCAACCUAUGGCCAAAAGAGGAACGUUUCUACAAGGGCCCGCGGCUUGGCGAAUAUGCGCGGCCUCUGGUAAUGAACCGAAAUGUACUGGGCUACAUGAAUCAGGCUCCAGUUCCUCUCAACGCGGCAGAAGACGAGCUGACGCUCGUAGCACAUGCCAGCAGCGCGGCAAGGCGUGCCAGGGCACAUGCUGAGUAUGCUCAGCAGGCUUCAGAGAAAGCAGAGGCUUUUUACAAGGCUGCCAAAGCACGAGCCCGGGCUUUAUUCUAUCCAGACCCGCCCAUCAGCGUGAAGCCAACGGCUGACGUGUAUCCCAUGUACUCAGCUGGACCAACAUCCAUUUCUGCUGCUGUUGCAGUGCUGUGGGCCAGCCAGCCCCAUACCAUGGCAGUCGUCAAAGGUUCGAGGUCUGAGAGAAGCCGUCAAUUCCUUGGUGUUUCCCUUACAGCAAAUGGCUAG